AGAUUACUUACCACUCCGUAUCAGGAGUUUUGGACAUGAUGGCGCUCGUACGGCAACGCUACGAGGUGGCCCAUUUUCCCGGUCACGGGGCGCAUACAUUUUAUCUUUGGAGGGUUUUAGCUAGGAUUCUUGGCUCUGGCUCUGGCGCCAUGGAGGAGGCCAUGGAGCUACUGUCCCGGGAGGCGCGCGAGCUCUCGCUGGGCAGCCAGGUGGAGCGCGUCGCAGCGCCCGUGUCUCCGCUGCGUUUCCUUCGCGAUUUCGUCAUGCCGGGUAAGCCGUGCAUUGUAACGGGCGGCAUCCAGCACUGGAGCGCUCUCCGCAAGUGGUCCAACGAUUAUCUUCGCGCAGCGCUUGGGGAUCAGCAGGUCAGCGUCCAUUUCACUCCAGAUGGCCGCGCAGACUCAAUCGUCGACGUGCGCGGCAUGGAAAUGCUACCAGAUGCCGACGGCGGUGGCGACGGCGAUCUGGAUCCCAUCGAUGGCGACCAGGAAACGCUCAUGUUCGUCAGCGCUCACGUCCAGUCGAUGCCUUUCGCCCAAGCUCUGGAAGCUGUUCUCGGCAAGAGAAGCAGUAGCAACGUAGCCUACCUCCAGCAGCAAAACGACUGCCUGCGCACAGAGUACUCGCGGCUGAUCGACGACGUGGAGGCCGACAUCCCGUGGGCGACUCAAGCGCUGGGCUCACUGCCCGAGGCUGUCAAUCUCUGGAUUGGCAACGAGAACUCCGUGACAUCCUUCCACAAGGAUCACUACGAGAACCUGUACGCUGUUGUGGCGGGGGAGAAGCACUUCACGCUGCUGCCACCCGUGGACGUCCACAGGCUCUACAUCCGUGACUACCCCGCCGCAAGCUACGUGCCAUCGCCGGCACAGCAGGAGGACGAGCGCAAGCUGGUGAUGAGGAGCGAUCGCCCGCGGAGAAUGGUGCCGUGGGCGAGCGUGGAUCCCGAGUGCCGCCAUCAAGACAAGCACAAGUUUCCCAGGUACUUCAGCAGCGGAGGUGGCGAGCCGUUCCACUGCACAGUUGGAGCUGGAGAGAUCCUUUAUUUGCCCAGUAUGUGGUUCCACCAUGUCACUCAGCGGCCCGACUCGGGAGGCAGGACAAUCGCCAUCAAUUUCUGGUACGACAUGGCGUUCGAUAUCAGAUACGCAUACUUCAACUUCCUGGAAUCCUGUGUCAACAAGAAGAAGAACACCACUAUCGAGUGAUAUAUAUAUAUAUAUAUAUAUAUCACUAUCACUCACAGGGCUUUGUAGUGGAGCUGGGAGGAAUGCAGGCGGGAGAGGGCGCUCCAAGGCGCACAGGCGGCGGUGGGAGUCGCAGGAGAGUGGUGGUGAGCGAUGACGACGAUGGCGAGGGCGAA